AUGGCCGACGUAAAGAGACGCAAAGUCUCACGUGAUGCGCCGCCCAAAAGUGCCGAACCCACGAAACCCGUCUCCAGCAGCGAGUCCGAAGACGAGUCGGCGGCUGUCGAAGCUCAGGCCGAUGGCCAAGAGGAAGAAGUGCAGGUGAAAACCUUUAAAGAACUAGGCAUUGUCGACGCUCUCUGCGAAUCUUGCGAAUCCGUCGGCUACACGACGCCAACCAGUAUUCAAGCCAAGUCGAUCCCCGUCGCUCUCCAGGGCCGCGAUGUCAUUGGCCUCGCCGAGACUGGUUCCGGAAAAACAGCCGCCUUUGCGUUGCCCAUGCUGCAGGCGCUGCUCGAAAAGCCGCAGCCGCUCUUUGGGCUCGUCCUCGCGCCGACGCGAGAGCUGGCGGCGCAGAUUGGCCAGACGUUUGAGGCGCUGGGCGCGCUCAUCUCGCUGCGCUGCGCCGUCAUUGUCGGCGGUCUCGACAUGGUGCCGCAGGCAAUUGCGCUCGGCAAGAAGCCGCACGUCAUCGUGGCGACGCCCGGUCGCCUCGUCGACCACCUCGAAAAGACCAAGGGCUUCUCUCUGCGCACGCUCAAGUACCUCGUCAUGGACGAGGCCGACCGCCUGCUCGACAUGGACUUUGGUCCCAGCAUUGACAAGCUCCUCAAGUUUGUGCCGCGCGAGCGCCGCACCUAUCUCUUCUCCGCCACCAUGAGCUCUCGCGUCGAGUCGCUGCAGCGCGCAUCGCUGCGCGAUCCCGUCCGCGUCAGCGUCAGCUCCAGCAAGUACCAGACCGUCUCGACCCUACUCCAGCACUAUGUCUUUAUCCCUCAUAUCCGCAAGGAUACCUACCUCAUCCACAUCAUCAACGAAUUUGCCGGAAAGUCUUGCAUCGUAUUCACUCGCACUGUAUACGAGACUCAGCGUGUCGCCAUCCUCCUCCGCACCCUGGGCUUCGGCGCCAUCCCUCUGCACGGUCAGCUUUCGCAAUCGGCGCGUCUCGGCGCUCUGAACAAGUUUCGCGGUGGCACGCGCGAAAUUCUUGUCGCCACCGACGUCGCCGCCCGCGGUCUCGAUAUCCCCAAGGUCGACAUUGUCCUCAACUACGACAUCCCCUCCGACUCCAAGACGUACAUUCAUCGCGUCGGCCGUACCGCCCGUGCCGGCAAGUCUGGCGUCGCCAUCAGCUUGGUCACCCAGUACGACCUCGAGCUCUUCACCCGCAUCGAGGCCGCCCUCGGCAAAAAGCUCGACGAGUUUCCCACGGAAAAGGAAGAAGUCAUGACUUUCCAGGCUCGCGUCGAGGAGGCCCAGCGUCAUGCUCGGAAUGAGAUGAAGAACGUAAUGGAGUCGCGCAACAAGGGCGCAACGUCGAGAAAGGGCCGUGGCGACAAGCGCAGACGAGAUGACAUGGACAGAGAAGAGCGGUGA